CAGAAUGGAUUCAGUAAAACAGCAUUUGGAAAGACUGGUUGACUUUCUGAAACCUCAGAUGUCGUUCCUGAAUUGUCACAUGGUUGACUAUUUAGCUCAUAAUCAUUGGAAUACGUACGUACCGUCAGAAAUUAGGCAUGAACUUAAAACUCGGGAAGAUUUUGCGAAUGCCAAGGAGUUGUUUUGGAAUCAAUUCAAAGAUGACAGUCAAACUGUUCAAAGAUUUCCAUCACUAGCUAAACACAUAGAACUAAGUAAAAGUUACCGUCUGGAUGCAUUCAAUGAUGUACUCAUGAACAUUGAUCAGCUGAAAGUUGCCUUCGAUUCGUGCCUGAAACAUACCCGGCUGAAGAUGCCGGAAUUGAUGAGUCCGAAAAAGUGUCAUGAAGUCGAGAUUGCUUCCGCCGCUGUAGCGUCCCUUUGUAUGGUAAUUGCCAGCAAAACAAGCUUGCCCAAUAUGGAUCAGAUAGCGGUCAUCGAUGCCGGUGAUGGGAAAGGAUAUCUUUCUUCAAGAGUUGCACUGGAGCACGGCAUUAAGGUGCUGGGAAUUGAUGCAAACGAAGGGCAUACGGCUAGCGCCGAACAACGCCGCGAGCGUUUGAAGAAAAAAGUUCGUGGAGCCGUUCGAAGAUCUAACCUUGCUGAUGAUGAAUAUUUUGGCGCUAUGACGCUUGAGCAGAAUCCAAUACAGUCCAAUUACCGAACAACAACGAAAUUGAUCGAUUUCGAAACGGACCUGGUCGAGUUGGUGCAGGAACAAUUUCCCAGUUCAAAGCCAAACCACUUUUGCUUAGCAGGGCUACACACGUGCGGAAAUCUGGGACCGAACUGUCUUCGAUUGUUUCAUCAGAAUCGACACAUUCGGGCACUGUGCAACGUAGGCUGCUGUUACCAUUUGCUCGUUGAGGAAUUUGUUGUCGAUAAAUAUUACAAUCCGGACAAAUUCAAAGACAAUCCAGGUUUUGGCUUUCCAAUGAGUCAGUUCCUGCGGGAGAAGCAAUUUUUUCUAGGAAGAAAUGUUCGCAAUAUGGCUGGUGAGUCGAUAGAACGAUCCGCAAACAAUCGAGAAGAUCCCAGCGAUAAGUUGGGCUACCGAGCGAUGUUGCAACUGGUGCUGCAAAAACUAAAUGCAGAAGAAAACAGUCAAGUGGGCAAAAUGAAAUGUUCCGGCUUUGUGGAUUACACGAGAAAGUCACUUAAACGGUUAAAGAUUGACGAUUCCGGCAUAACGGAUGGCGAAUUAAAUGAUAUGGAAGCCAGAUUUGAUUUGGAACUGGAACAACUCAAAAUAUUUUAUUUGUUUCGAAUGACUUACGCUCCAAUUGUUGAAGGAGUUAUUCUUCUGGAUCGAUUAUUGUUUCUAAAAGAAUGCGGCUACGGCAAUAGUUUCCUGGUGAAUAUGUUUGAUCCGGUGGUUUCACCGCGGCGAUUCGCUAUUCUGGCAUUCAAAUGAAUGGCACAAAUUGCAGAUAAACAUUUUACAAUUAAUAAAAAAUAUAAAAUAAACUGAAGCCUUAUUUCACAACUCAUCGAGCACCAGAUUCGCGUAAAGUCCUUCAUUAGAAUGCAGAGUGAAGGCAUUUUUCCUGUAGGUCAACACUUCCGGCGUUAAAGUUGAUCGCUUGAUACUGUACCAGGUUAGCAGUCUUACAAUGGCAACCUUUACCUGAAGUGUACCAAAAUGCGAGCCCAGGCAUGUUCGCGGUCCAACGCCGAACGGCAUGUAGCUGCAGGGAACAAUGCUGUUCAAGUUUUCCUUCGAAAAACGGUCCGGAUUGAAACGUAGAGGGUCGGGAAAGAACUAGAAGAAAGGAAAACAUUAUCUUCUUCUGAUGAUUUUGAAAUUAAAAGUGGUCAUACCUUUGGAUGUCGAUGAAUGGCGUAAAUUGGUACCAAAACAGGCAUCUUGUUCGGAAUGACGAAGGUAUCGUGGAAGGGAUGAAGUUUGUAGCCAGUAACGCCCUCAGGCAGGGUACAUUGACGUUCAAGAAAUGGAAGAACGGGAUAUAGUCGCGCUGCUUCCGAGAUAACAGCUCCUAGGUAUGGCAUUUCGUUUAUUAAACACUCGUAAGGAAGAUUUGGACCAUACUUAUGAAGACACGAGCGGAUUUCUUCCCUCAGACGGUGUUGGAUAUCUGGCUGUCGGUGAAAAUGUUAUUAUAUUUGAACAUGUUGACUAACUGUUAAGUAAUUUACAUUUUUCGUUAGUUCAUAGAGGGUGAAUGAUAAUACUGAAGAUGUCGUUUCGAAACUGGCCAUGUAGAAUGUGGCUGCUUGAGCUACCAGUAUGUCGUCUUUUAGG